AUGUCUGCCUCUACCGCCACCGCCUCCACAUUGUCUGACCCUCCUCGCCCGGGGCGUCUCCGCCGCCUUAGCCAGCUACGCGCUUACACCCAAAAUCUCUCUUCCCCCAGUGGGCAACGGGCCCGCAAUUCUUUGAGUAGUCGAAUCCCCUGGUUAUCGCCGACUUCUAGUGAAUUCCCCCAAAGCCAGGGGACCUCUACUUCAUGCCCUGACGAUCAUACGCCUUUGUCUCGCUACACGUCUGCGCCCACUGGUUACCGAGCCGAUAGCCAAGUCUCAUCCGCGGAAUCUGCAUCUCCCCCUCCCAACGACUCGAAUCACUCUUCUGGCAUGGCUCGACUCCGAAGCGUCUCCGCCGUUUCUGGUCGAACACCCCGACUGGGGCGCACGGCGACCCCGGAGUCACUGACCCAAAUACAAACCACCCCGGUACCAGCCCCAGCGGCCACCCCGUCCCCAGAGCCAACCACUUCGAGCGACGCAGCGGAUCUGCCCAUCACCCUCGAUGCGCAAUCACCAAACGCACCCAAACAGAAGGCCACGAUCCGAUUUUUCCCCUAUCAGGAUAGUUACCAAAAUUCGCGCCCUUCAUUACCCUUUGUCCCCAUCUCUCGCACUCUACCCUCGGAGAGCUGUGUGAUUCGAGUGGGUCGCUAUUCUGAGCGUGAUGGCAUCCCCAUCCCCAACCCCACUGAGCCUUCAGAUGCUCCUGUGGGCUUUAAAUCUAAAGUGGUCAGCCGCAAGCAUUGUGAAUUCAUGUAUGUCAAUGGCCAGUGGCAUGUCAAAGAUGUAGGCAGUUCGUCUGGCACGUUCUUGAACCACAUGCGUCUGAGUCAGCCAAACAUGCAAUCUCGUCUAUAUACCAUUAAGGACGGCGAUAUUGUGCAGCUAGGCAUUGAUUUUCGGGGCGGCGAGGAAAUGAUAUUCCGCUGCGUGCGCAUUCGCAUCGAGUGUAAUCGCUCUUGGCAGCAACAACCCAAUGAGUUCAAUAAAAACACGGAGAGUCUCAUCAAGAAUUUGGGCAAGGGUGAGACCGCGGAUUAUUCAGGCUGCCGCGAGUGCUCCAUUUGUCUGGGCUCGGUUUUGCGGCCAUACCAGUGUCUGUUCAUGGCGGCAUGUGCCCAUGUUUGGCAUUAUAAAUGCAUCAGUCGCCUGCUUCAUUCCCCCGAUUACCCCAUGUUCCAAUGCCCCAAUUGUCGCGCAUUCACAGACCUGAGCGCUGAAGUCGACGACACAAACGACUACGAGCCCGAGGGCAAGGAAGAAAAAGAAGCGCCAGCAACUGAAGAAAGUGUACCAGAGCCUCGUUCCGAGACACACUCGCCUGCAAACGCUCCCCUCGCCAGUGAUGCGCACCAGGAAGAUAUCAUCCCGGAAGAACCAGACUUGGUCACCGAUGUGGAAAACCUGCACUUGCAGGAACAGAGGCCAGACGUGGAUACGGAAGACAGUCGCAGCACAGACUCUCCUGCUCCCAACGGGAGCAAUGAUGAUCUUUCGCGUAGCGCCACUACCAAUAUACCCGGCUGGCAACCCACUCAGCCCCUCAAUGUUCCUCAUGUCUCUCAUCUCCGUGCGGAUACACCAGUCCGUUCGGAGACCUCGGAUGACAACCCCUUGACCCCAAGAAAUGAUUCGGGGCCCCUUGCCUUUGACGGUCGUGCAGGCAUGCAAUAA